GAAAUGCUCCAGUUAUUUCUCAGUUAAAUAAUCAUCUCUUUUCAUCUAAUCUCAUUCCUAAAGCAGUACAUCUUACUGUUGGAACCACUGGACUCUGUCCUUAUGAUAGAGCUAAUAAAAUAUUCUCUUCAGUACUAGCAUCACUUGAGUGUCAUCCUAAUCCUAACAGUGUGUUCUCUUCUCUCAUUACAUCACUACAGAAAGUAGGACUGAAGAACAUGGUAUCUAAACUAAUGGAAAAUUUAAAAAUGAAAGGUGGUAAUGUUGAUCCUAAUCUAGAGCAGCAGCCAUCAGUUAGUGAGGGACCACUUCAACCAGUGGAUGUCACUGCACAAUCUCACAUACCACAACCAACAAUCACUGGAUCACAAUCAUCUACUCCUACUACUGUCAUUGAGCUCAGUUCAAAGAGUGAAGUUGCUGCCAAUAUUGAAAGUCUUCAUUCUUGUUUUGCAUCUCUUGAUUCUGAUAUAAGAGAUGAGUUUGAGGAGCUGGUGGAAAAGGGUAAAGUGAAUCUUAAAGCUGUAGCUAGGAGUGCAGCAGCUUAUUUAAGCAUUAAAGUAUCCAGUUUGAAAUAUGGAGACGUUGAUGAAUUAUUUGAUUCUCUUCAGCCUCAUUAUGACUUCUUCAGUUGUGGCGGUGUACUUAAACACUUGGCAAACAAAUACCUUUCAAAUGUACAAACUGAACUAACUCAAUACAUUGAUAGUGUUGAUAAAUUCUCAGAAUCAUCACAACUGAAGCACGUACGAUUAGCAAUCAAGGAGAAAUUGUCAUCAUUACCAGCAGCAGCCUCACCAACCACUAGCAAUCAAACAAAGCCAUUCAUCAUUAAACUGAAUGGUAGAUGGGAAAUAAUGACUUUAAAAAACUUUAAAAGAGUUCUUCAGUAUUAUUUUGGGCAAGAAAUAGCAGAUACUUGCACUAUAAGGGACAUUGGUAUUGGCUCAGUAGUUGCUACACUGUUUAUACGAACCUCACUAUCACAGUCUCUUAUUGAUGCUAUCAAUAACAAAACAAACUCAAUGAGUAGAUUAGGAAUAUUGGAAGUUGCUGUUGACAAUAAAGUGAUUCCUAUCAGAAGAGAAGACAAUAACAAUUUUGACAUUUCGCUCCAGCAAUCAGUUAAAGCUGGUUAUAGUUUUGAAGUAUCAAUGCUACUGCAGUUAGGAGCUGAUCCUAACAGUAAAGAUGAGAGAGGAAAGAGUGCAGUAGAGAUAGCUAAUGAAGGAGGACACACUCAAAUAAAAGAAAUACUACUAACUGCUGGAGGAGAAGAGACUGGAGAGGUGGAAUGGAUCAGUGGUAGUGUAUCCCUCACUAAACCAUCAGCAGGUCAAUGUCAGGAAGUGAUCAGUCAGUUAACGGACAAUCAUCAGGAAAUUAACCUCCAUCACUCAUCACCUGAUAUUGUAUACUUAUUGAUGUCAUUAGCACUAGACAUAAGAACAAUAAAGAGGAUUAGUAUACACAACACUAAAAUAAAAAAAGAUGUCAUCCUCUUACUGUCACACAAAAUAACAAACAAUACUUCAUUAGAGGAACUAUGGAUUAGUGAUAAUUCCAUCAAUGAUGAUGGAGUCAUUGCACUAACACAAUCAUUAAUUAAUAAUAAAACAAUUAUUACCUUAUAUCUUUGUAACAAUCCUGACAUCACUUCAACCAGUGCUCAGUCACUAGCUGAACUUUUACUCUACAACCGCACAAUGUCAGUCCUUUAUCUUAACGGUACUAACAUUGAUACUGAUGGAGUACUGGUACUGAUGGAAUCUCUCAGGACCAAUGAUACACUAAGGAGACUAGUUCUAGAAGACAAUAAACAUAAACAAACUUGUUAUUCUUUACCUUAUUAUAAAACUAUUGAAAACAGAAUAGCUUUUGUGUAA